CGGCGGCCGCCAGGGGCCGGCGGCGGCGGCGGCGCCGACCCCGACCUGCCCGGGCCAUGGCGGAGAGCAACGCGGACUGGAUGGGGUCGCUGCCGGCGGCGCUGCGCUCCUACCCGCUCUCCAACCUCGCCAUCCCAGGAUCACAUGAUUCUUUCAGCUACUGGGUUGAUGAGAAAUCUCCUGUGGGACCAGACCAAGCCACAGCCAUCAAACGUUUGGCCAAAAUUUCUUUGGUUAAAAAGAUUAUGAAGAAAUGGUCGGUGACUCAAAACCUGACUUUCAAAGAGCAGUUGGAAGGUGGGAUCCGCUACUUUGAUCUUCGUGUGUCUUCCAAGCCUGGGGAAAUAGGACAGGAGAUUUACUUCAUACAUGGCUUGUUUGGCAUCAAAGUAUGGGAUGGGCUGAUGGAGAUUAACACUUUCCUUGGACAACACCCCAAGGAAGUCAUCUUCUUGGACUUCAAUCACUUCUACGCCAUGGAUGACAGCCAUCACUUCUACUUGAUCAACAGGAUCCGCUCAGCAUUUGGAUCCAAACUUUGUUCCAUUGCGUGCGUAGAGCAUGUGACGUUACAGUACAUGUGGGAGAAGAAACAUCAGGUUCUCAUUUUCUACCACUACCCUCUGUACCGGGAGUACCCCUUCCUGUGGCCAGGGAGUAAAAUGCCAGCACCAUGGGCUAACACAACCAAUGUGCACAAACUCUUACAGUUCCUGGAGACCACUCUCGAGGAACGAAGUCGUUACGGGACUUUUCAUGUUUCUCAAGCAAUUCUCACGCCUCGAGUGAAAACUAUUGCACGGCAUCUAAUCCGUGGUCUGAAGAAUACACUUGUUCAUAGGAACCUGCCUAUGAUUCUGAACUGGGUAAAAACACAGAAACCAGGUGUUAUGGGUGUUAACAUAAUUACAUCAGACUUUGUGGAGCUGGUUGACUUUGCUGCUACAGUUAUUGCAUUAAAUGAUCUUCUUUUAGAAGACGAUGAAACUGCAAGUAAAUCCUGAUUGUGUCUUAUUGUACCCACAGUGGAGAUCUUCACUUGCUUCUAAACUUUUUAUUAAGUGAAAUUAUUGUAACCUGUUUAUCUAGGAAAAAAAAAUAUCUAGAAGUAUGGUUAAAAAUCAUAUCCAGGAGGGUCUCUUUUCUCACUGAUGUGUAGGUCUGACUGGAACACAAAGUACUGUCUGAGUGCUGCUGCCUGGCUUUUUGUGGCUACAUGUUUGACUAAGUUAUGCACACAUCUGCUGCAGUACAGUGUUGUCUGCCUGCCAACAAGAGGCUGGCCUCUGAAGCAGAUGUACCCAAUUACUGUAUGCGUCUCCCUGGUGACUGGACGCACUGUGUCUUCGUGUGUGCAUCCUGCUUGUUUCUCAACUCAAGGACUCAAACCCAGGAUCACUGCUGGUGCUGCUAGCAGCAGUUUUACCAGGCCACCUAAGGUCAUAUUGUUUCUCUGGCCACCUCAGGCUUAGCUGGUUUCAGCUGGAAGCUGCUGUAAUAUUCGUUACACUGUUCUGGGCACUACCUCUGACUUAAUUGAAGAAACAAUAUUGCUUUUGUUCAGAGAGAGCUGUUAAUGCUUAUAUUGAAUACUCUAACUGUAGUUUGGGCCUGAGAUGUAAAGGCUUGUAACACUCUGCCUCUUUGGACUCCAAGCUCUUCUUCUGGACUUCUUUAUUUUAAUGCACAUACUGCAGUUGUGUUUGAGAGUGUAUUUCCUAUUUGGAAUUAUUUUGGUAAUUUGGAGAAAGUUUCAGUUACAGAUCAUGAGACUCGUAACUCACAAGUCAAUUUCUGUUGUGAGGCGUUCAAGAAACUGCCCAGCAGCCUCUCUCUCUUGCUUGUGGUUCACUUGUGUUUUUUCCAUAUAUUGAAUUUUCUUUGGGGAAAACUUUUCACGCAGAUACUUUUGUGAAAAGAGGAGGGCCAAGUGGAAGUUUGUUCAAAAAAAACUGGGCCUGAUAAGGACUUCUCAAAACCCAAAUAUCGAAUCUGAUGUUUGCAGUGCAGUGGUGAAUUCCAAGAUCUGAUCCAAAUGUUAUGCUUGAUGUCAGAGAGCUGAUGUGCUAAGAACAGCUACAGUGGAAGUAUUUUCUCAGCCUGUACCCACUUGUGACUAAGGAAUAGCCACAUGUAGGCAGGCAGUGGUGCUAAUUCUUUAUGUAGUCAUAAUCAUUUUUGUGUUGAUCCACAGCAAAACAUUACCACGUGUUUGACAGUCACAUGUUGGUACAUAUCAGUACUUAACUGACUAACUGAUAGCAGUCCUACAGUCUGAUUUAUCUUAGGGUUUAAACAAGUGACUGGUUAGCAGAUACUUCUCUGCUCAGUUGUCUUCCUAAAGCAACUGUUGGGUGCACUAAUUAUUCAGUGAUUAUGAACUUAUUUUAAUCUCCUUAUGUUACUUAAGAGAACAGAUUGUCAUUAUAGAUGUUCUAUUCCAAAAAAAAAGUGAAUCUGUAUUGUGUAUUCCUAUCUUGUGUCUGCCAUUAUGGUGUCACAGUACUGAAAAAUCUAAAAGCAUUUUGCUUGUUUGUUGCAAGCUCUGAACUCGGACAAGAUUAUCUAAAGUUUGCAAACCUUCCAUGUGAACCUUGGCCGAGGUCUGAGCAGACUGUAAUCUGAUUUAUCUGUUUGCAUGUUUUUCAUUAGAGUUUUUUUUUUUUUUUUAACUGAAUCUUUUUUCUAAGGAAAUGGAGGAUCUGUUUUUUAAAUCUGUCUUUUGUGUUUCAGCAAGGGGGGACAAGUAAUGGAAAGCAGUUCUGGGAAACUGAAAAUCAACUUUUAGGUUUUUUUAAACUUUGUUUGAAAAUUCCAGCAGAAGAUUUUUACUGUUUGUUGAUGAAACUGUUGCAACCUGUUUUGAACAGCUUUAUUGUCUGCAAAGUUAUUUAAAACAUGUAGAUUUCAUUUAGCUGAAAUUUGUGUUAACUUACUUUUCUCAUGGCUCAAACUCUAGUAAUAAAUGUUACAGGUUUGUUUUCAGUGGUCUUUUAGUUACAAAUAGUCUUAGAGCUCAGAACUCAAAAAACCCGGUAUGAAUGCAGAUAAAAUGGAAAUGAAUAAUACAUUUGUAAGACUUCCUGUAGAAGUGGAGGACAAGGCUAGAAGGUAAAGUAUAAUGUUUGCAUUUGACCCUUAAUAUAUUUUGUACUGUAUAUAUCUACCUCAGAAGAGAUUUAUCAGGCCUAGCCAAUAUUUAUACUGUGUGUGCACAGAGUAAUGAUUGAGUUGUUAGUCCUUCAGCUGUAUUUAUUUGAAUAGAGAUGAGAUGAUUGUAACUCAGGGCUUUGGUUUAGAUAUAUUCAAAUAGAAACUGGAAAGUUUCUUGAACAUAUUUGUUGCUGACUCUUGCCUCUUGAAAUGGGACAAAGGAGUGCUAAGAUUUAGGAAUGCUAGCAGAGGAGAAGUGGGAAAUAGCUUUUUGAAUUAUUGAUGAAGUAGGGAGGAAGAAAAGAGUGCUGUAGGUUUGGCCUUCAGAACAGUGCUUGGUGGUAUGCUUCCAUGUGAAGAAUGUGAUGUGCUUGGUGGUCAGUAGGGUAAUCAGCAAAUAGGCAUGAUCCUCUUCUACAAGAUUGUUUCUAGGGCAGUCCUAAACCAGCCUAAGCAAUGUGAACUGCCUUUCUCCUGUUACACAUCAUAGCCCAUAACAGCAUAUGGUAUGGUUCUCUGGCAGAGCACCACAACGUAGCCCUAUUCCCUCAUGCUUUGUGAAACUGAGCUCAUCUAGGACUUGAACUGUGGCCUAUGGUCUCUACUUUUCUAGCAUUAAAGCAGUAAAACUUAAAAGAUGAGCUGGAUAGGCGAUGAGGACCAUGGAAUUACAUCAGUAAUUUGCUUCUGGUUCCCAUGUUCAAGGUGUAGUGGAUCUUAGCCAGGUUUCAGGCAGCAGAAUGGAACAGGGCUGGGAGGUGAGUGCCAGAGGGUAUACUUGCUGCUGAGAAAGGUGCCUGAGAUCCCAGCCUCCAAGUGGGCUGCAGCUGGGCCCAAUGUGGAAUCUACCACCUGUAAGAUCAUGUAGGUACAAGCUUGAAGAAAAUCUUAAGACUGGUGUUAGGGCAAGUCUUGUGGUACUCACUGCUUCUGUUGACCAUGCUGUUGAUGUAGAUCUGCAUUUUUUUUGAUACAGUGGGUUUAGUCUUGCUUAUCUUCCCAAAGGAUUAGAAUUCAUUUUUUAAAACUAUUCAGAUGGAUAACUAUCCCAGAAUAAUUGUUUUUAGGACAUGGCCAUUCUGUAGAUGUUGGGAGAGGAAAAGUCAGUAUACUGAUAUCUAUUUGAAGCAAAAUAUUUACCUGAAUUGUAUAUUCCUGAAGAAUUUAUUUGUAUGGUUUGUUAUUACAGGUUCAGUUUAUUUAUACAUUGUUUUAUGACUUAUCUCUUUCUAAUGUGCAACUGCUGAACAUUGAGCACAUUGGUAUGCUGUUCUCCUAUCACUGGUGAUCAUGUAUAAUUGAAGGGCACAUAUGAGGUACCAAUAGCCUGUGCAUAUAUCCCUGAGGGGGAGCAGUGGGGAGAAGAAGGUUAGGAAGCAUGUAUGAAUUUUAGUGUUUUACUGUGUGCUUGUAGGUGAAAGCAAAGGGGAGUUAUAAGUGAUCUUUGCAGACUAUCAAUCUUUCAGCUUCUUGUUUGGGCACUGCUGUCUUAAUAUAUUCAACAACCAUAAAGCUAGGAGUUGUAUGUUUAUUUUUGAAUGAAAGACAGAUUGCUCUUGUCAAAACUUGGACAGCAGGGAUAUGAAGGAAGACUAAGCUGCAGGGCCUUUGCUGUGAUGGUGAGGAUCCCACUGGAGAUGAUACUGGCAAGGCAGGCUUUGUUGGUGUUGUGGUCAAUGACAGAUAAGACUGUGGGAGUGUUUGGAGGAGAAAAGCAAAUUGCAAAAAGAUACCUAGUAAAUUCUGGAGACACUCCUUGGAGCAGAGUGGAACAACUGGGAAAAUGGUAUAAUUGCUCCUGACACAUGCUGUUUUGAGCUGUGUUGCUGCUGUCUUAUUAAGUUGUAGUUUAGAAGUUGCCUGGUUUGUAAAGCUGAAGAAGUAUUUUAGAGCAGGGAUUUUGGCUCAAACAGAAUUGGGGCAUCUGCCAAGAUACUUAUCUAUUCUGAUCUAGCUCAGCUUUUGAAAAUAUUUCCUUUGUGUACCUGUCUCAGAUGUCAGAGUUCAUUGUUGUAUACUAGACCAGUUUUUAGAAUCUUUAUGGCUAAAGAUAGGAAAUAGCCAUUUUUAUUUAAAAUUAAGUUACAAAUGAAAGUCAGUUGAAGAGUGAAUCAAGAUUUAUUUCAAUAUACAAUAUUCAAUAUAGAGUCCAUAUGCAUUUUUAAGAAGACUUUCAUCCAGAUGUGAUCAUAGUGUUACCUAUCCCUAAUUAAUCAAGUUUUCUGUCAGAUGACCACUUCCUGGGACAAAAACUUCAGGCAAAUUCUCAGUGGUUGUGUGAACACAGAGAAAUUGUCUAAUGUGGAGAAGAACCGAGGUAACCCAAAACUUCAAUCAAAAUUCAAACCAGGUCAAAAUGUAUUUGUUUAAGCAGUGGGAAAGAAGAUUUGUUUUUCUGUGUGUCUGACUGAAAUGAAGCUCUUAUGCCACUGUCUGGUAGCCAGAGCAUAUACUAAAGAAAUAGUGGAAACCUGCAUGGUGCUGAUGCUUGCAGAAGUCCCAGUUCAGUGUGCUAACUGUAGAAGUUCACAAUAUUUGGAUUGGCCUCCCUUUGCUAAUUACUUUACUAAUACUAAUAGUUCUUUCAGCUUUUAAAAAGACGGCUGUGAUUAGAAGUAGAGAAAUGUACCCUUAACGCAUUUUGCUAGAGCAUGCAAAUCUUGUUGAAUUGAAAUAUUUGCAAAUUCAGAAGGGCUUUACUUGAGUUAAGAUUUGAAAAAAAAAAUGUUCUACAGUAGUGAAACACUUUGUUUUGACUCUGGAAAAGAGCUUUGAUUAUAUUUUGAUUUUUUUUUUUAAAUGUCUUUUUUGUAGUGUGAUAUGAUAAGCAUUAAGUACAAAUUGAAGCAAAGUAUUUCAGACACCUUAAACCCAGCUUUUUUUCUUCAAGAUCCCGUUGUGCAUAUCUUUAAGUACAGAUUUGAUGCAAGAAAACUUAGAUUUUAGAAUUCUUUGAAAUUCCUUGUGAAGUCUUUUUUUCUAAGUCUGAACUUCUGUUUCUCUGGUAGUGAUGCUGGUGCUGGAGACCUGACAUCAUUAGGGGACAUGAGUGUAGUGAAGGGAAGAAGUGAAUGUCAUUCAGAGAACCUGUAUAUAACCCCUGCACAGCAAAGUUCACAGAUCAGUUUUACUUUCUGACUCAACAGACAGAGCCUGAGCACAUGCUGAAGAGCAAAUAAAUUUUAUGCUAACUACAUACAUGUGUGUUGAGCUAAUUGUGGGUAAGACUAUUGUGAUCUACUUAGUCAUACCUUCCAAAGAUGAUCGUAUUAGUGGUCUGGUUUAGACCUAUUGAAUCAGUCUGUUUUACACAGGAGAUCAGUCCCACCGAUUCAGUAUGUCAGUCUGACUGAACGAGAGUGUGGGCAUGUCUGUGUAAACACAUUUAUUUCUCUAAAUCUUUAAUUCAGUAAAUCAGCUUUAACUUUAAUGAUAUCGAUCAAAUAGAAAUUGUAGGGACUGAAAAAGGAAUGUCAGCUUCAGAACUGUUUGGUGAAUCUGUUCAUUAUGUAUUGUAUUUCUGAGUAUUUAUCUAUUAUCAUAUUUGUUGAUACAGUGUUUCUCUUAUCCUUUGUCAUAGACCUGUGAUAAACUUCUGCUGUUUGUAUCUCAACUUGAACUGCAAUAUAUUCUUAAUUCUAAAAAGAAGUAUGUAUUGUUAAGUAUGUUCUAUAAUAAUAUUGUUGGAUUUUUGAUUUUGCUCAAUGUUAAAUAUAUUUUGCAAUUGGA